AUGUUACGCCAGAUCCCCAUCGGCGAAGACGCCGAGACCGUCAACCCCUUGACCAACGAAAACACCGCCAGCAGUCUGAGAGUGUCGAGGUCCAGGCUCCCUUCUCUGUCUUCACUUCUUGGAUCAGCCGAGAACAACAAGGAGGAAAAAAUGGGCUUCAGACGCCUGGCCAAGAGUCUACUGCACAACGAGAGCAAGAAUGUCCCGGCCAUCAAAGGCACCGAUCUGGACGAGCUGGUGCAAUGCGCCAUCGACGAGGACCGGGAAUCGCUCAGAUACUAUGAGACCGCCAAGAAUUAUUCACUUUUGUCGUCGAAAGCCAAUAGGAAGGUGGCAGAAGAAGCUCGCGGUAACGGCUCAAGACAAAGUCAAGCUUCGCGCCAACAGAGCAACUCUUGCGAGAAGGAGGACACCUUGCUUGCACGUCUCAUGGAGACAAACCUCAAGAUUCGACAGGAGACACGGAAGGCGUCGAAGAACUCCUCUAUCACCAGGGACUCUGAGCCAGAAGAAGCCGGGGACAGUAGGGGCUCUGGGUCCAGACAGCACGCUUUGGGGAGGAAGACGGGGAGCGUUGGAGCUGACAAUGCACUCAAGAUGAACGAGAAUAUAGUCAACACGACCUUCCAUUUGGACAGACAGGUCGCGAAGGACGGCAUCUUGGACGCCAUAAUGAGAGAAUCGCGGGUAGUGAUGCUCUCCAACAUACAUCGGAACACUAGUUUGACCAGUAUAAUGAGCCAAAUCUACGGAGGGCCUCUGGAGAAAGUGCUGCUUCUUGAUAAAUCGACUUUGAAGGAAAAACAAUACGACCUGGGAAAGCAAGUCAACUGGGAUGAGACUCUACUGCAUUUGUAUUUCCAGAGAGAAGAAGACGCGCUAAAGUUCAUGAAUUUUGCCUCCACUGGAAUGUUCGUUGUCAACGGCUACCAUCUGCAUCCAUCCUGGAUCCCGCGUAGCGGUAUCGUGAACACCGAAGAUUAUUUGUGCUACCACGAGAAAGACAGUCUGCAGUCUCUUGAGAUGAUGGGCGGGCCUGAAAGCGCACGGCGAGUGCUGGUGUUGAAAAAACCUGUUCUUGCCAAAAGCAAACUCAACAGCCAUAUCGGCUCUGAAAAGAAGAGAGCCAGCUAUCCCGACCCUAUCCUCAACUACUCUCCAGAUUUUGAUCUCAACGCUAUACGCACAGACUUCUCACAGUUUGGCCCGAUAGUGGAGAUUUUACCUGUAGUUUCUCGGAAACUAUGUUUCGCUGUCCAGUACUUUGACGUGCAAGCAGCUAUUGCUGCCAAACACGCCAUUCAGGCCAAGAGGAACGUUUCAGACAAUCAGAUGAGUGUCAAGUACAAAGACUGGUAUAUCUGGUACGGACGGGAUCCAGCGGAUAAAGCUGCUUUGUUUGUCUAA